CAGAGGCAUUUAAUAUGCGGAUCAAUAUAGUCGUUUGUGCUUUCUUUGGAUUGUUUUUUACUGAAAUUUGCGUAGGUUUAUAACAGCAAACAUUUUCAAAUAAUUUUUUAGAUUUUUUUUUUUAGAUGGCAGUCGUUUUUAAGAUGACCAACUUUGUGUGUGAGAGCUACAAUAAGUCGUGGUUCGAGUUUCAUAAUUGUCGUCUGAAAGCCAUAAGUCGAGACAAGGUUAUACUAAACAUGAACGGCACAGUUCUGCACCCAGUUUAUAGUGUACAAACUCAUGGUAAAAUUUAUAAAAGAGAAAGUGGUUUCAAGCCCUGGCUGCUUGACACCAAAGUCGACGCUUGUCGUUUUAUGAGACGAAGAUAUGAUCCUUUCGCCAAAAUAGUCUACAGUCUCUUUCAACCGUUUACCAAUAUAAACCACACGUGUCCUUUUGUGGGACCACAGAUUCUUGAAGGAUUUUACCUGAAGCCCGAACUGCUCCUUCUACCGUUUCCAACUGGCCAAUAUAUGCUGGCAAUUACAUAGGUGGUUCUUCGACAAGAAACUGCAGUUUGAUACAAACGUGAGCUUUUUGUUCGUAGAGGAUUUUUCGAAACA